AUGUAUACAUAUGUUGCGAAGAAUGAUGGUAAUCUUGAUGGUAUUGAAGUGAAUAACAUCGUUAGGUUGGCUAAUUUAUAAUUCACAAUCUCCAUUCACAACGAGCUGCGGAGGUAUAGCUAUGUUAGGUGGAAUAAACUCAUUUAAUGAAAAUACCGUCAUUAAGAGAAUAUUUAGCAACUUGAAACCACAUUAUUAGCUGAGAUUAGAGUUCAGGAUUUGGAUGUAAAUUAAUAAUUUAUCAAUAGUAUAGAUUCAUCCUCAAUUACGGAUAUAGAAGUUUAAUUGGAUCAAGAGGAUUAUGCAGAAUCUGUAGUUUCAUUUGUUAUAGAAGAAUCAAAUUAUUGUGGAUUGUCCAAUAAAAAUGAAAAUAUUAAAUAGGUUUCAUUUGCAUUAGAACAUAAUUUUGUUUAAGCAACAGUAUUUGCUAAAUUUAAAUUUCAUGAUGAUAAUCGAGUAAUUAAUUAAAAUAUGUUAGAUAUAAUGGGGAAUGCAAUAUAUGCUAUUAAGUUUAGAUUUUUGUUCAUCCUAAUGUUUGUAUUGCACUGGCCCUUUAGAAUCUGAUUGCUAGACAUGGAGCAAUAUAUUUUACUAAUUUUCUCUUGAUUUAUUCUCUAAUCGAAUUAUUUUCGAUAGCUAACUUAUUGAGUUUAGUUAUUAUUAUGAAUGCUAAAAAUGUGAUUUAAUACUCAAUUUAGAUUUAGUUCAAACAACCACAACCACUCCAAUUUUAAAGUAAUCUAAAAUCUUUAUCCAAUAGGUAAAAUUUCGCAAUUAAUGAUGAGAUAGUUCUUAAAUUAUACAAUAAUGGAACAUUUAUAAUUCUUUUGAUUCAGCAAUAUGGAUUAGCAGAAUUCAAUCUAAGACUAUAUUCAAGGUGGGAGGUAGGUGUUAUAUAGACACUAAUUUAAUACUAAGUAAGCUAUCAUUUAUAGGAAUUUUUUUUUCCAUUUAUACCUGGUUGUUAAGAUUAUUUUUAUAAGGAGUGUGUCUAAUGUCUGCAAGGAUGGGAACUUAAUAUAAUGGAAUAAGUAUGCUACCCUAGUUGUGGAAAUAACUACAUUGAAGGAUAUGAAGAAUGUGAUGAUGGUAAUUUUAUUCCAUAUGAUGGAUGUUUUGAAUGCAAAUAUUAAUGCAUUUAAUAUUGCGAAGAAUGUAACUAUGGAAUUUGUGAAAAAUGUGAAUUUGGAUUUACUUAUGAUGAAGAGAGGAAAAUAUGUUUGAAUGAAUGUGGCCAAUUUUGUUUAAUUUGUUUUAAUUUAAAUUGUACUUUAUGUUAAAAGGGAUUUUAUUAGAGGAAUGGUGCGUGCAAUCCUAUAUGUGGGGAUAAAAUAGUUUUACAAGAUAUAGAAGAAUGUGAUGACGGCAAUAAUAAAAAUAACGAAUGUCAUGGAUGUAAAUUAGUUUGCGAAGAAGGAUGCGACAUUUGUGAAAAAGGUAUAUGCUAAUUGAAUUGUCUAACAACUUUUGGAAUUGGAUUUUAUUAUAUAGAUGAAAAUUGCAAAUCAGUAUGUGGUGAUUCUAUAGUGACAGUGGUUGAAGAAUGUGAUGAUGGUAAUGAUAUUGAAUUCGAUGGUUGUUUUAAGUGUAAUUAUUCUUGUGAAUAAAAUUGUUUGGAUUGUCAAAAUGGUAGGUGCUUAAAAUUUCAAAGUGAUUGUGGUGAUGCUAAAUUACAAGAGCAAGAAGAGUGUGAUGAUGGAAAUAAAGAUACACUCGAUGGGUGUUUUAACUGUGCCGUAGAACCUGGUUGGAAAUGCAUUUAAAUAUAACAAAAUACUUUUUGCAAUAGUAUUAACCCUCCCUAAUUUAUUUCUAAGUUCUUAUCAAUUUAAAAUAACAAAUAAUUAGUUCUUUUCCAAUUUUCACAAGAAAUAAAAGUCGUCAAGGGAUGUAAUUUAACUGAAUCUAUGGUCUUAAACAUCCUUAAUAUCUCAAAUACUCAAUAUAUAUUGACAUGGAUUGAGAAAAAAGAGCCUUUAGAAGAAAAGGUUUAAGAAUCUUAUUAUAUAAUAUAAAUUGAAAUUAAUACCUAAACUUAAUCUAAACCAGUCUUAAGUAUAGAUUUAAAUGCUACUAUUCUUAAUAAUGAUAAUGAAGAGAUGCAAAAAUUGUAAUAUGAAUUACAACUGGAGGUUUCAUAAUAUUUAUCACCAAAAUAAAAACAAUAAAGUAAUCAGAUCAAAGAUUUAAAUUCCUAUUUUAUUUAUGGUCAAAUAGCCAUUGGAGUUUUCUUUUUCAUCAUAGGAUAACCAGAUAUACUUUUAUAAAUGUUGGAUAUUCUACAAUAUUUUUCAUAUCUUAGAUACAUGGCAGUUUCUUUUCCAUUAAAUUUAGAGAUUUUCUUUUAAAUAAGCGAUCAAAUAUCUUUUUCACUAAUUUAUCAAUUCAUCAAUUUUGAAGAAAUUAUAAAUUAAAUUAUGCCUCAAAAUUAUAUGAGUCCCUAAUUUGGUAAAUUCUUAUUAUAUGAUUAAAAUGCAGACUUGCUAUCAAACAUUAUCCCUUAAAUGAUUUAAUGUUUGAUGUUUUUACUAUAUAUUAUAUUUAGGAGUUUACUUUACAGAAUUCUUUAUUGGAUUAUGAUGAAUAUAAAAUUUUUUAUCUGCUUGACUUUUUUGAAAUUUAAAUUCAAUAGCAGAUCUAUGAUGAAAACAUAUUAAUAAUUACGCAAAUUAAGCAGAUAAUUGAUUAAAGUUCGAUAAUAUUUUAAUAGUUAAUAGAUAACCAAUUUCAUGAUUAUUAAUGGUUGGGAUCUAAUUUUUAAGAGUUUUCUUUACUUAAGAUCAUUUGAAAAUUAUUCAAACAGAAACCUUAUUUCACUUGCUCUUGCUAGUUUCAUUUUAGCUAUUUAUGGAUGUAUAAUACUUAACUUACUGAGCAUAAGAAGUUCAAUUUUGAUGAGAACUCAAAAGAACUAAUAUCUUGGAGAACGAUUUGAAGCUUUUGAUUUAAUUAAGUAGAUUGUUCUGCUAUAUGCGUUUAUUUUUAUUUAUAAGUCUGAAAUUAUCUAAAUAGCAAUUUUGAUAGCUAAUUGUUUGAUAUAAAUAGCAAUAAUUUUAAAUAGUAGAAGCCAUAUGUAAUUACAAAAUUUUAUUUCAAUAAUUUUGUAAGAAGGAUCAAUAUUCUUAUUUAUACUCAUUUCCUUAGUUUAUACAAAAGAUUUUACUAUUUAUUUAUCAGUUGAAAAUAAAUUUAUUAUCGGAUGGAUUCACAUAUUCCUUUUAUCAUUUAUUCUAGCACUACCAAUUAUAGAAUGUUUUAAAGAUCUCUUCUACUGGAUUUAUAAGAAAACAUCAACUAAUGAGAGAACAAAGCACAUACUCCACCAAAUUUUCUUGAAUUGA